AGAGCUCAUCAGUCGUCUCCUGAUCACGCCCCGGAGUGUAGGUUGUAUCGUGCUCCUCUUCGUUGUUCACUACAAAAACUCAGCAAAAUGGCAGCCAAAAUUGUCGGAAAAUACAAGAUGGAAUCAUCUGAAGGAUUUGAUGAGUUCAUGAAAGCCCUCGGAGUGGGCCUGGUGAUGAGGAAGAUGGCUAGCACAGCGACUCCAAGCCUCGAGAUCUCAGAGAACGAAGGCACCUACACCAUGAAGACCGUCACUACCUUCAAGACCACCGAGAUCAGCUUCAAGCUCGGCGAGCCUUUCACCGAGACUACCGCCGAUGGCAGGGUUGUCCAGUCGACAAUCACCCUGGAUGGCAACACGAUGACUCACAAGCAAGUGGGCGACAAGGAGAAGAAUGAGAAGGACUCCAUUCUCACCAGAGUGUUCAAUGACACUGGAAUAGACAUGGAGUGCAAGGUGGACGACGUGGUGUGCAAGAGGAUCUACAAGAGGCAGGAGGAAUGAGUCUACGUCUGCUCUGUCAAACUAGUGGAUUUUUCUCCAUCAGUAAAGCUUCAGGCUUUAAGUUUUCCUAGUUACACCAAGUCAUUUUCUUAAGACGAAACCAUGAUUUCAAAAGCACCCACUUAUAUGUCAAAUUUCAUGCAUGCGAAUAUAGUUUCAAAAUAUACAUUAUUUCGUGUGCCUUCUUUACCAAACAAACGAUACGGUCAGCGGAUAAAGUAGCAUUUAAAUUUCAUUUGAACAUGAAUUAUUCAAUACCAAGCCGUCAGCCGUAAUAACAGUUUCUGUCAUUUGUUUACUAAUUUAAUACACAUUCUUCAAUAAAUGAUUUAAUUGUUCUUGAACUGUUGACCGUUUCUACUGAUGUUUAUGCUCAUGGACUCGAAAAUAGUUAAACUAUCGCAUGAAAUCUGCUAGCAUUUAGUCUUUUUCUUUAUAAUUGGCUGUAUCCUUCGACCGUCAACUGGUAAUAAGAAAUAAUAAUAUGC